AGUACAGUAGGUGGAGUCACGCGGGCGGGGUCACAUGACCGCAGCCCCUGUACAGUAGGCUCCCAACAUGGCAGCCGCGGCCGCAGGGGGAGCUGGCGCCUGCAGCGCUCGGACCUAGGGCCGCCCCCCGCUCUCCCCCUCGGGACCGGCGCAGCGGCGGCCCCAGUGCCGCGGGCGGAAGGAGCGGCCGGGAGCCUCCGAGCCGGCUGCACCCCAUCGCGUGCGACAUGAGGGAGAAGGGCCGCAGGAAGAAGGGCAGGACCUGGGCAGAGGCCGCCAGAACGUAGGGCUCUGUAGCUGCUGACUGGUUAACAGUGACUCUUCUCAGGACAAGGGCUGAGGAACUCUGCUAGUUGAAUAAAGGAAUUCAUGAAUGUGAACCAGAUGCCACAUACAGCAAGAGUCUUGUGGCUCUUCUCUGAACCUUCUCCAAUUUAUCAACAUCUUUUUGAAUUGUGGACACCAGAACGGGACACAGUAUUCCAGCAAUUUUUGCACCGGUGCCGCCACUAAGAGACUUCAUCAGUGACACAAAAUGAUCUCCUUUCUUCCAUCCCGCUAUAAGUGAUGUGUGGACAUACAAGUUCUUGAAGGCUUUUCUCGCUACAAGGGCUUCUUAACAGGAACACUUUGGAACAGAACACACAGUGUGUCCCUCCUUUUUAAAUUAUUUUUCAGUGUGUUUGCAGCAAAUGGUUGUUUUUUUUAAUGUCCUAGUUUUAGUCCUCAUAUCAGCCAAUAGUGCUGCUCAAUAUCUUUCCAGAGAAACACAUCCUGUAAGAAAACCAACAUGUUCUUAAAUCGUAGUGAGGUCCUGGAGAAAUAUCCCAACACACCUAUGAGCCAUAAAGAGAUUCUUCAAGUUAUCCAGAAAGAAGGACUGAAAGAAAUCAGUGGGACUUCUCCUCUUGCAUGUCUGAAUGCUAUGCUGCAUACAAACUCCCGAGGGGAAGAGGGCAUUUUCUAUAAGGUCCCAGGGAGAAUGGGAGUGUACACACUGAAGAAGGAUGUUCCAGACGGAUUAAAAGAGCUGUCUGACGGCUCAGAAGAGAGCAGUGACGCGCAGUCAGACUCUCACAGCUCGGAGAACAGUAGCAGCAGCAGGAGUAGCAGUGAUGGUGGCAGUAACAAAGACAGGAAGAAAAGCAGAUGGAAAAGGAAAGUACCGUCUAGACUGUCACAGACAUGCUCCCCGCCAUCAGGCUGCCCAUCUCCUUCCAUCCCAGCGGGUAAAGUCAUCUCGCCAUCCCAGAAGCACAGCAAGAAGGCACUCAAACAGGCCCUGAAGCAGCAGCAGCAGCAGCAAUGCAGAGCAGGCAUGCCUGUGCCCUCUAACCAGCAUCUUCUACUCAAGACGGUGAAGGCAGCCAGUGACUCCACACCUGCUAAACCUGUUUCCUGUACAGCUUGGGAAGGAAGGCAAUCAGAUGGACAAUCAAGCAGCCCUCAGAACUCCACCUCCAGCUCCUCUCCCUCUGUUAAGGCUGAUAAUUCCCUGCCAGGCUUGGGGAAGAAACCAUUCCAGAGAUCUGACAGACUCCAUGCAAGGCAGCUGAAGAGGACGAAAUGUGCUGAAAUUGAUGUGGAAACACCUGACUCCAUCUUAGUGAACACAAAUCUGCGGGCGCUGAUCAACAAGCACACAUUCUCUGUCUUACCCACAGACUGUCAGCAACGGCUGCUGCUGCUGCUCCCAGAGGUGGACAGGCAGGUUGGGGCAGACAGUUUGAUGAAGAUGAGUGGCUCCGCACUCAACAAUGAGUUCUUCACUUCAGCUGCCCAGGGCUGGAAGGAGAGGUUGUCAGAAGGUGAGUUCACCCCAGAAAUGCAACUGAGAAUACGGCAGGAGAUUGAAAAGGAGAAGAAGGUGGAGCUAUGGAAGGAACGAUUCUUUGAGAGUUACUAUGGUCAAAGUUCUGGAAUGAGUCCUGAAGAAUCCAAGAGACUGACAACAUACACCAGCACGCCUGACACACAGGCCAGGAAUCCACCAGCUGAACAGAUGAAAUGCAUGCUAGUCUCCAAGGCACCACCCAGAAAAGAAGAGAGAACUCCUCUGUCAGAGUCUAAACCACAGGCGGUGCAGGUACCACCACCAGCAGUGAAAAAAGGAGGAGCGGAAAGAAGAGAAGAUGUGCAUCUCCAAAUAGGCAAACCUGCAGCAUCUGUAAAUUCCUCAGCUAACAAUGCACCGAAACUUAAUGACCAAACUCUCUCUAGGCCUCUGAAGGGUACUGAGGGAUCCAUGCAAGCGAAGCCACAAGCUGCCUCUUGUCAGAAACCAGAAGAAGAAAGACAGCACACUCCAUCCAAGGAUCUGUCAGUAAAGGGGAACACAAGCACCUCAGCCUUGGCCCCAAACAAACCAAAGAGCCCCAAAGCAGGCGAAGCAGUGGCAAGCAUGGCGAGUCAAGUGACUCCCCAGCAGACACCUAAAAAGGAACCCCCUGCAACUGAACAAAUGGAUGUCAGUGCUGAGGGCCUCAAGAGGAAGUCAGAGAGUCAGGAAGAAGCACCGAUCAGUCCUGAAAAAAAGCCACGAAUCAUGGACAACUGCCAGUACCAGCAGUCAUUUCGGACCCAACCACAGUCCUUUCCUGUGGCUGGGGAGGGGGCACAGGGGCGAAAGGUUCCCCCACUCAAGAUUCCUGUCUCCAGAAUCUCCCCGAUGCCAUUUCUUGCUAGCCAGGUCUCUCCCAGGGCUUGCUUUCCAACCUCUGUCACCAGUCCUGGAAGAACAGGGGCCAGAACUUUGGCAGACAUCAAAGCAAAAGCCCAGCUGGCCAAGGCCCAGAGGGCAGCUGCUGCAGCCGCCGCCGCUGCCGCCGCCUCCAAUGGGGGAGCCGUCCCAGGGCCCGGCCCAGGAGGUGGUGGUGGUCCAGGCGGGGGAGGAAGAGCGGAGAAGAGUGGUACAGCAGCAAGUGGAACCAAUGAAACUGGAAUUAAAGGCAGUGCACUGGAACUGGCAGGAACUGGAAGCGGGGGAAGUACGAGAAGGCCUUUUCCCCAUUGUCCAGCGUCCCAUUCCCAAGCGGAGACCCAGGCCACGGAGUGGACAUCACCUCUCAGUGUCUCUAGAGCACAACUACAGCAAACGCCCACAGUACAAUCCAGAACUGCAACCAGCAACGGAGGCAAAGAUUCGUCAUCACCAGCCCCACCAGCAUUAGAGAAAAUGAACAGAAUAAAAGUGAGCCCUCCCAAUGUGACUGUAAGUCAGGUUUCCAGACCAUCUGUGGUCUCAAGCCACAUAUAUACUCUCAGUAAUGACAGACAAGAGAGAGCACCUUCAGCUCCAGCAGGUCUAAGCCAGAUCUCAGGGGCACCGCCUGUCAGGGAUGAAGCAGUCUAUGUCAAUGUAUCCAGAGCAGGUACUGACAAAAAUGUGACUAAGUCAGCACUUACUACCACAGAAGAGACCAGCUUAAGUAUUCCUAAGAGCAAACCUCUUUCCCCUCUGAUGUCUUCGCUGACAGCGGUAACCUCAGAAACUCAGGCUGGUGUUGUGGUAGCAUCUACUAUAUCUACUCCAUCCUAUAGCACUUUGUCAGUAGCCCCUAGCCUUAAAGUACAUCUAGCUCCCUUGAGCACAAGUGGGCCCCUCCUGAAGACGAGCUCCAGUAUUCCUGCUAACAAUCCUUUGGUCACCCAGCUGCUCCAAGGUAAAGAUGUCCCAAUGGAACUAAUCAUGCCUAAGCCUCUCACCAAAGUAGAAAUGAAAACUGUCCCACUAGCUCCAAAUGAAUCAAAAGAGUCGGCAUUUUCCAGUGCCACAAGCACAGCUGGGAAUGGCUCUGGAGGGGAAAGUGGCGAGAGACAAUCAAAUUUAGCCAUGCAACAACUUGGAAAGAUAUUUUUCCCAAGCAGGCAGCUGCCCCAUGUUCCAAGGACAUUUCCCCUCUUCUCCGGAAAGGACUUGAGGAGCACUAGUAUUGACCAAUACCAGUGCCAAGAGGCACUCGACAAAGCCACUCAAGAGCAGAUCCUUCAGACUCUUAUCAAGCGGGUUCAGAGGCAGAAUCUGUUUUCAGUCCUGCAGCCUUCACAGCUCAGCCUCGUUCACUCAGGUUUCCAGUUAGACAACAGCUCCACCAGUCAGAGAUUCAUGCUGGGUUUCAUGGGCAGGAGGACAUCCAAGCCUGCUAUGUCUGGCCAUUACCUGCUGAAUAUUUCCACCUAUGGUCGCGGCUCGGAGAGUUUCAGGAGAGGUCUGUCCAUGAAUCCUGAGAACCGCUUGUGUCUGCAUGAUCCUUCUAAUGAUCCAAAAAUAGAAUGUGGGGAAUGUGAAGAAAUAGCUGGCAAUGGUAGUAGCAGUGCUGAAGAAGAUGCAGAUGAUGAGAGUACUGGUGAUGAACAUGAACAUAUCAUUGUAAAAGAGGAACCCCUGGUUUCCCAGGUCUCUGGCCAGCAUGAAAGAGAACAGGUAUCACAAAGCGUAAACGCUUCUUCAGAUUGCAAUGUGCCUGUUAGAAAGAAUGUAAAGAAGGAGGCAGUCUUAUCUCAGCAAGCAGCAGCCCGCCCAGAGAGUGUUCACCAGUUCCCAGGAGGCCAGGUGUUUGAUGGAACUGCAUUAGCAAGAGAUUUAAUUCAGGCAGCCCAGGAGCAAAUGGCUCAUGCUAUGAGGGGAAAAAUGAUGCACCGCAAUCCUGAGGCUUACAGCGCUUCUGCACCAUCUGCAGACCCUGUGUUGCAGCAACCUCCACUACUUUCCCAUUCACACCCUUCAAAGCUAUAUGGAAACACUGCAGCACAGCUCAUUGGUCCUAGUUAUAGUGGCACUAUAAAUGUCUCCACCUCUCCAGACGUAAACCAAGGGUCUCUCAUGACUGGGCUGUCCGAGUGCAAUCAGUUGGCCAGUAGCAUGGGGAACGUCAUGUCUUUCUCUGUGACUGUAACCACCAUUCCCGCCAGCCAGGCUAUGAACCCUGGCAACCACAAUCAGACCAUCCCAGUUCAAGCCUUUGGUGAUGACAACAACAUGGAGGAUUCACCUUCUAAAUGCUACUGCAGGUUGAAAGCCAUGAUCAUGUGCAAGGGUUGUGGUGCCUUCUGCCAUGACGACUGCAUUGGCCCCUCUAAGCUCUGUGUCUCCUGCCUUGUAGUACGGUAACUGAGACAUAUGAGAUGAGGAGAAGGAUGGCUUGGUUUUGUGCCUCCUUUUGAAAUUCUUCGCAGGAAGAAAGAGGGGUUUUACUGCCUUGCACAAGAGACACAUUACUGAAUCAGGAAUACAGAGUAGCGUUCUUCGUUCAUUGAAGAAAGAGCACCUUGUUGUAUAGUGAGUCUAAGCGAGCUCAACUAUGUGAAUUGUGACAAGAGUUUGCACUUAAGGAAUCAUGUAAAUAUGUCACAUUAUUUUGUUUAAAAAUUAUUUUUUCAAUCUUUUAGGAGACAAUGUUUGACUUGUACUGCAGAUUCAUUAACCACACCUCCUAUCAGUCCCUAUCCCUGGUUAGCCUAAGCUCUGCUCUAUAUUGAUGACAGAACUUCCAGCCAAACUUUAGCCCCUUGGUCUUUCCAUAGCAAAAGAGACGAACAAGAAGAAUUAAAAGAACUGAGAGAUCAAGAAGAUUUAAGCCUUUAUGCUAUCUGGCACAGAACUUUGAGGUUUGGAGCAUCAGUUCAGGGUUGGCUCAGUCUUUUGAUCAUUCAGAUGAUUGGGAAGUGGGAGGCAUUAGUUUUAUAACAGCCUUUCAAAUGGUUGCCUAUCAGUUUCCCCCUGACUCUAAGUUUCUGGAAGCCAAAGUGGGUUGUGCAAUAGUGGCUGGGGUUUUUUGGUUGCAUACCAUCCCCUUUCCAACUCAUCAGUUACAAUAACAUUGUCCAUGGGAAGGCAACACCAUGGUUCUCAACUACUUCUGGGAGAUUGGAAAGGCAACUAUAGUAGUCAUCAUCUUCAAGAACUCAAGUAAUAAAAAGCAACUAGUGACUAUCAGCAACUCUAGGAGACCAUUUAAAGCAGAGAUCUCUAAUAUGAAUUGAACUACAUGUCAGAAACUUGCUUUAUGAGGCAUUACAGUCUUAGUACUGAGGUGUCUCCCCCACAGUUUCCAACCAUCAAACAGGACAAUACAUUACACAAGUUAAAUGCACUAAAUGACACCUGCUGAAAUAUUGUUUGCCAGGAAGCUUGCCAUGGCUAAUGAAGACCUCCACAAUAAGCUAAUGUAUGGAAAAGAUCAUAUAUCUAGCUAAGUGUAAGGCAUGGGACCCAAGGGUUGGGUUGGCUGCAUCAUUGUCCCCUGAGGACAUUUCUUCAAGUUUCAAAACAUCAAAUCCUUUGGCCUGAUCUCCACAUUUUACUCAGAGACCCAGGAUUCUAGCAGUAGAAGUCACAAGUCAAGAAUGAGGAGCACUGGCAGAAGUAGGUGGGGAUCAUAGGACUGGCAUAGUGGGGGCUACUGUCAUGAAUGAGGUUACUGGCAAAGCUGUGUGUGAGGAGAUUACCCAGAGCUGGCCUACCUAAUGCCAGGUUGCAGCUAGUGAUAUCAAUCCUUCACUCUCAAGAGCAUUAAUAUUCACAGUGUCUGCCAAAUUAAUCAAUCAGAAUUGAACAGGUAUUACAGCACCAUCAUCUCAGCAACAAGAAUGUGUAACAGGCUGACCCGUAAAGUACUUAAAUACCCAGCCCUUCCCAUGGUGUGAGAGUUAAGCAUACUCCAGCUCAAAUUUCACAAUAUCAAAGCACUAGAUUAUCUAUAGGUAAAGUCCUCUUCCCAGCAAAGAACAUCAGUCUCAAGAAUCGCAUCCAGUCCAUGUUGUCUCUGUUUGAGAAACAAAUAAGUCGAUUAGAUAGAAAUUCAUGUAUCUUUUUGAUGAAAGGGCAUAGAAAUCACUUUUAAUCCAAAGGCAUUUUUAAAAUGAAGCAAUAUUAAAAAAGUAGGUGUGAUAAGUUAUCAUUAGAUACACCAUUAGCUAGUCCUCUCAGAGCUUUGGGCUUUUUUUCCAGUUUGAAUGUACUCCUCCUCCUUCCCCUCACAUGAAAAGAGUAUCUGGGGUGCUGUUAUUAAAUGUAGGCAAUGUAGAUGACUGUACACAAUGCAUUUUAUCGAACGGUGGCAAUUUAUUUGUUGAUGAAAACGUUGAGUGCCUAACCCCUCAAUACUGAAAAUAUCUCCCUCCCUGCCUGUCUGUGGGUGCCACCUUCCAAAUCAAGAUUAUCAACAGUGAAAUAUCAUAAACUGUAUUAUAUUCCCAUCUUCAGUCUUGCUCAUCCUAAAUUUGUUGGGGGAGUAUGUCCCCUAAUUGUACCUAGGUAAAUAUUUUUAAAUCCAUUGCUCCAUGGCAGAAAAAUUAACACCAACAAAAAUAGCCCCUUGUUUUUUGAGACAUGCCAAAUGUGCACUGUCAGCAGCAUUUCACCAGUAAGCAAACAAUAUCCCCAGAUUUGGCACAUACCAGAUACUAUAGCUAGUGAUGUGGGUGUGCAUGCAAAAAAGCAAACCAAGCAAAAGAACCAUUUUGGCUUCUGCCGUGCAAAACCACUUAUUCUGUCACAGAGGUAUACUUUUGCUUUAUCGACCUAGUGCAUUCUAGAGCAAGGGCCCAUUAGGGUAGUAACGCAAUACUUCCAAUUUUCCUCCGGUGCAAGAAGCAUCCUUUGAAUUAUGGAAUACCGUGUCAGAUGGACAUUAUGGUAUCAUGCACACAGCUAACUGGUAACUAAAAUGAACAAGACUCCUGUUCUCUGAAGCACUGAGAGACAUACAUCCAUUUCUGUUUCCUUGCUAUCUCAGGGCUUGUCUACACAGGAAAGUUUUACCAGUUAUACUGGUAUAAUGAUGUAUCUUCUUCUUCCUUGCCACUUCCCCAAUCAGGGUCAGCAGCUUUUAUAGCCUUCUUCCAAAACUCAUGACUGUACGCCUGGUUGUCCUGCGAAUUGGUCUAAGGUCAGUUGAUAUCCAGUCUGUGUACCGAGUUUUUGAUCUCCCCAUUGGGAAUAGGUAUAAUGUUGUUUAUAUAUAAAUAUAUAUACUGGUAUAACUCCUUCCCACCUGACAUAUACUAAACCAAAAAAGGCACCCCUUUGCUGUACAUGCUGUAACUCCCCUGUUUGGAUGCUGCAGGCAUGAACUAUAGAGUACCUAGUUCUUGUUGACUUACUCCUGGUUAAAACACAGACUAGGUACCUUUUAGUUCUCGCCCACAUGGUCUGUGCAGGGGAGUUACAGCUUGUCAUGCUAGUGACUACUGCAAUUCACACCCCAUAUUCCAAACUGGAGGUUAUGUAGACAAGCCCUUACACCAGAAUAAUAGUGACAUCCAGGGGGAGUUAUAUUGGUAUAUCGGUUUUUAAAUCCACACCCUAGUUUAUACAGGUGCAAUUUUCCUAGGUUGACAAGCCUCAUAAGAAGGGAGUAGAAGACAUUGAGGGAACAGCACAAAGUGGCCUGUGGGCCAGUUUGUGUUGGUUGGGAUUUUAUGCCUGUUGCAACUUUCACUUUAAAAGACCUGAAGUUUUGUUUUCAGCAGUAUAUUUUAAAAUAGAAGUAAAGCCCCUAAUUUUGAUUCCAACCUUAAUUCCCUUAAAAUUUGUGGUGUCACCUCAGGUGGAGUUUGUAUGUCUGGCUUCCCAUGUUCUGUUCACCUAUUUCUCUCUGUGAGAUGCUGCUUGUGAGUCAUAAGUAGCUGCUGUUGCAUGAAAUACUACUUCAGGAACUGAAUUACUUUACAGAGUCAUUAUCCCAGCAAGAAGGGAACUAGAUCUAGUAAGUGUCCAGUUUGGAUUUGUAAUGACCACUGAGAUGUCAGUAGGACUCCACAGAUCCUUUUAGUGGUCACUAUAACCUUAUUAGAUGAUGAUCUAGAGGUUUACAGCUCAGUUUAGUGCCUUAGCUAUAUUUGGUUGGGUCAAUAGUUUUACUGUUGCUACCCCUUCCCAAUAUGAUGAAUCCUCUUGGCUGGAAGGUUUUGAUCUCACCACAAUUAAACAAGCUCUUUAUCUGGAACUUGAUAGAACAGUAUCCCUAGGUUCACCAGCGGGCAUUAAGCAGCUAGGUAACCAUUAGAAAGGAUGGGGUUUGGAUUACUGAACAUUUCAACAAGAAUAGGUCUGCCAAAAACCAUGACAGCUUUGCACAUUUCACAAUGCUGGGUAUUGAAUAACAGUUGUUUCAGAUAGGAAAACCUGAAGCCAAAGUAGGAAUAUUCCCUUUGUUAGUCAGCAGUCUUGGUGCUAAGACUUUUCCCUUCAGCCCCAGUUCUUUCUAAUCAUCUGUCCUAAAAUGUUUCCUCCAGCAAAAUAACAAACCUUUCCUAUUGGCUACUGUUAGUCAAGGGACAUUGUGGAGUAAUCUAGACGUAACAGUUUUGGCUUUGGCAUCCAAUAGCACUUUAUAAUAAAUGCCAAUGUAAAAUAGAAUACCCAAACUAUUUUACAACACCUAAUGUCAAAGCAAUGUUUGUGACAUAAAACAUUACAACAAGAAAAGGUUAUUUAGAUUUAAAUCUUCCCCUGCUUGGAUUGCAAUACAGACCCUGCAGCAUGAGAACCAGAAAGUGAAACUGAUCAGUCUGAUUUCACAGUUCAGUGCAAAGAAUAAAUACUUUUAUAUACACAUUCCAUGAAUGGAGAAGUAAAUGGAAUCUUAGAAAUGAUUUUCAAGUUUCUGAGAUAGCAUUAGUAACAGGGAAGGAAACUUGUUUUUAGGUUGACAAUGUCUCUUUUUAAACGUGAGGAAAAGACUGAUACUAUGUAAAUGAUGGACCCUAUCAGCAGAGUUGUACUUAGGUUUGCAACAGUAAAAAUGUUAAGGAAGCCAUUUCCUGAAAGUUAAUUAUUGGACAGAUGAGUAACUGCCAGAUGUCCUCACUGCUUGUCAUUACUGCUUAAAUUACGUCCAUUUAAAUUGUUCUAGAGGCUGUUAAGAACAUUAUGGGCCCAGUUCUUUCUCAUUCUCAUGAGUGGUCCUGUGGAAUACAAGAAUAUACAUGUGAGUAAAGGAGGCAGCGCUGGACACUGUAAUUGGAACUGGGUUGUGUUUGCUUUAGUCCAAUGAGGAAGGCUUUCCGCAUUUAAUUUAGAGUAAUCUUCGUUAGAGUAAUUUUUCAAAAGUAGCCACCAGUUUUAGGAUGCCUCAAUCCUGGGGACUGGAUUCUGCGGAGUGUCCACAAUUCCAGCUUUCAGCACCUCCGAAAAUCAGGCCUAAGGGUGUUAGAUGGAGUACUCAAAAUUGAAGAUCACUUCUGAAAACGUGACUGUUACAGUGGAGGUGGGAGGACAAGGGGUGGCAUCCUCCCGUUUGGGUGUUGCCAGCUGCUGCAGCUAGCAUGGCUUUUAUCACAGGAGGGAAGGAGCCCUUUGUUAGGAAGUUACUGCCUGUGGCACCUCACAGCUCUGGAAACUAUCUUCAAUUAAUCGAGAAAGAAAAGGAGGACUUGUGGCACCUUAGAGACUAACCAAUUUAUCUGAGCAUCAGCUUUCGUGAGCUACAGCUCGCUUCAUCGGAUGAUGUGAGCUGUAGCUCACCAAAGCUGAUGCUCAGAUAAAUUGGUUAGUCUCUAAGGUGCCACAAGUCCUCCUUUUCUUUUUGCGAAUACAGACUAACACGGCUGCUACUCUGAAACCUGUAAUUAAUCCAGAGUGCAUGAAACCAGCAUGGGUGAGAGAGAAUCUCUUAAAAACUUCAAGUCCUGUUGCUACCAGCAGGGAGAACGGCUCAAAUGUUUGCUAGGAUGACAAUGAGUUUUCUUUGUUACUUUUUUUUAAUGCUAUACGUUUGAUACAAAAGAAGAUCAAUUUUAAGAGCUUACAGUAAUAUAUUUUAAGUAAUAUAUAUUUUAAUAUUUGUGUAAAAAAUGACAAAGGAAGAUUUGUGAACUAGAUAUACAGGGUAUUGUGUGUGUGCAGUUUCUCAGCAGGGCCGAGACGAUUUCCCUGGCAGGGGAACUGAAAGCACUUGGGUUUUCCAUUAAUGCAAUAAAAGUGGGGAUUCUUAAAACAAAAAUCCAAUAGUGUUUACCAGAUGCUCUUUCAUUUUGUUUGGCCACAAGGCUUGUAAACAUGAUUUAGAAGAUGAUAAACUUUUGUCUGUCUUUUGCCUUUUUAAAAGGGACUUAAAUUGGAAUAGAGGGUAUGUAUAGAAAAUUCAAGGUGACACCAUUUUAAAAGUCGUAUUUUUUCACAAAUAAUAUAGAAGAAUCAUAUUUUACAUAAGAAUUUUAAGUAUUUGAAAUAAAUAUGUAUAUAAAUAUACUGUAUGUACUUCAUAUAUUCUUUUAUUUUACGUUUAAUUGUAUUAAAAAUAUUGGAGCUGGUUGGAGUUCCUACCUAUGUAUUAAUGUAAAAGAGAGAGAGAGGAGCACUGCCUCUUGCCAUUGCAGCAGUUGCUGCUGCAGCAGAUUGUAGGGUAGCAAAAAAGCUUGACGCGCCGCAGCGAAUGAAUUGGACUAGGUUAGCUGUUUUAGAAAUACAGCACAGAAUUUUUUUUUCAGUCUUGUGUCCUGUUUGUGUGUCCGUUUAUGUUCUGUCCUAUCGUGGAACAAUCAAUGGUGAGAAGACAAGGAGUUGAGGUGGAGCUUUAUACAAGCACUGCCGAAGAGACAUAGUGGUACAAAGCUACUCAACUAAAAUCAAAAGCAACCAUUAGAAUUUUAAUAAAUGUAGCUAAUAGUUUAAUUCUUAUGUCGUCCUCUGAUAGCGCAGAUGGGGAAUGAAUACAACUUGCCAAGAGCCUCAGUAUAUUUGGGAUUUCAAGGCAACACUCUCUUAACGAGUUUUCUUUUCUAGGAUCUUGGGUCCAAUAUCACUGUAGAGAGUGAUGUGUGCCAUCAGUCACUACUGGAAGAUGGAAUGGGUUUUCUUCUACUAUACUUGGGCAGGACCCCUAGAAAACUCCCUAAGGGGAAGCACUAGUAAAUCUGCUGAGACUGCUGGCAACAUUCAUCAUAGGAAUUCUGUUUCCAAGAUGCUGUAACUUGGACACAAGAAUUCCCAGAGGUACAAGAUCACAAAUUAUAUGAAUAUAAAAAAGACAAAAUUCUAGUUAGAAGGGAAAUGAUAGGUGGCUGCAGACUACCUGAACAAUCAGCUAUGAUACAUGUGCAUUAUAUACAGCACAUCCAGUGCAGUUUACCUAAUAGUGGCCCCAAACCUGUGAAGUGCUCAGCAUCUUCAAUUACCAUUGAAAUCAGUGGCAGCUGAGGUUGCAAUGCACCUUACAGGAUUAGACUAAAGUCCAUAGUGUAUGUGUCACAGCUGAUUUGUAUUGUAAUAUCACAUCCAUUCCCCCACACCCCAUUAUUACAUCACAGAUGCAUAAAGAGUAAAGCUCUUAUGGCAAUGUUCAGGGUUAGAUUAACCCAAUCAUUCAAGAACACAGUACAUUUAAGUUGCUGCCCUUUUGAUCAGUGGCUCCAAUUCUGGGCCUUCCUCUGUCCCCCAGACACCAACUCUGCAGACAUACAGGGGCUGUAAAGCUAGCAAAUCUCCCCAGCAGGAAAGGUCUCCCCUUGGUGGCAUAAGAGAGACAGAAUUGACUCUGUCAGUCCCUGGUGUGGGGCAAUACUGAGCAAGGGAGGAGGCAUGGCUAGAACUUGCUGCACUUUGGCUGUUCUGGGCUGACAGAAGGCUCCAGAAUCUGGUGCAUAAAGGUGAAACACAGACACUUUGCCCCUUCACCUUUUGGAGGUGCUGCGCUCACCUCAGAUGUACCCCAAAUUGGAGCCACUGUGUUUACCAUAGCCCAAACCGCUCUGCCGCAACUGCUGGAAUCUCUCUGAUAAACAAGAAUUGUGUUCACAAAAACUCUCUGUGAUCGGGGUUUGUGGGAAGGGACAUUGAAUGCAAAAAAGCUAUUUGAUUUGUGUUAAGGGUUUGACUUUAAAGAAAACUCAAAGACAGACAGUUUUGUUAUUGUUAAGAUUAUUUUCCAAACACCCCCAAAUAUGCCAGGCCUCUAUUUACAUACACAGAGUGAGAUCAUUUUUUAAUAAAGUCAUUUUAUCUUUCUUUCUCUGACUUGCAGUCUGCACAUUCAAAGGGGUUUUCACUCUAAACAGCUGCACUAGAAGAAGGUGACACUGUUUGGGUGUGUCUACGUAUCUAUAACUAGAGUGUAUAUGUGUGUGUGUGUAUAUACAACUAUAUUUUACAUAAAUGUACCUACAAAGGCUGUAAGUCCAUCUCAGGAUUCUGGUGACAUGAAUUUUGAGAACAAAGUUUGAGUUACCACAACCCUGAUGUGGAGUUACAGUUUUUAUAUUUGUUUUAAUAUUUAAAAUAUAUGGGUUAGAAACAAAUAUACAGUAUGUGUUGUUUUGAUCUGCACUUUGUCUAAACAUUCCUAGUCCUGCUGGUACUGCUGCAGCUCCCAUCCCUUCCUGCCCCGUUUAAAACUUAGAAGCCAACUUUUCCCCUCUGGGUUUUCUUUCAGUUGCACUUCUCAGAGGCUGAUUAGUGUUUCUAUGCAAAAAGCUGUGCCAAGAGUGUAAUAGUCCUGGGUUUGGUCUUUUAUAGUAGGACAUCACAGCUGAACUCCAGCCCCAACACUGGGAAAAGUGAGCUGAUGGCUGAUGCAGCCCGUUGGCAAUUUGAUUCUGAAAUAGUCCCUUUGCAAACUAGCAGAGUCAAGCAAUCAAACUUAACUAAGUAGUAGUCAAAUAAGAAACCUGUCAUUUUCUGUUAUCCAGUGAUAAGUUUGACCUGAACAGUAAGAUUAUUGUAAUUCACUCUCCUCCUUAAUGAGGAAAUGACACAAUUUCCAGGCAUUUAAAAAAACGUAAUGGGUCAAUUCCAUUAAACCAGCAAUCACAGCAGAGAGAUGUGUGGCCCGUAAUAUGGCAGCUUUGCAGAUUGGCAGAGUUCAUUCUAGUAAACUGAUUCUCUCCCCAAAUGAAAAAUAAAAAUAAUUUUAAAAGUCUGCUUCGGGGUCUGCUGUAUAAGAUUCCACCUUAACUUCUCACCAGCAUUAAAAAGGAUCUGAGGAGUGCUAAAAACAGCAUAUUUGUAUCUUGUCACUUUGAGAUAUGUGUGUCCUUUGGAGGUAGCACUUUGAAAAGCGAAAGCCUGCCUUGUGGCUUAUGUCUUAUUGCAGAUUAAGUUCCUCUUCCCCUCACUCCUUAUUUUUGUCAUGUAAAACUACCUGCUUCAUAAAUGAAUGUAAAAUACAAUAGUUCUUCAGCACAUGGAUAAAUGUGUAUUUUAUCUUAAUGUUUCAUUUUAUGUUAAAUAAAAGCAUAUGAUUUAUGGUCA